UAUGAAAUCACAUGUGUCCUUCAAAACUCAAUCCGAAAAAAACUGAACCUACUCGACAAGAACAAAAGGACGAUUGCCGAGGCAUAUCCAAUCAAACAUCCCCCGUCUCGAUGCCGGAUCAAGCGCACAUCCUCCCAGCUGCUCGUGUUUCCAGACUAUUAUCCUAAUUUGCCGGUUAUCCAGCGGCGCACGUCUCCAUCCCUACACCCCUCUGUUGCCGUUACUACAGCGCGGGGAACAAGGAUAGGACUAGCACCAUCAGGAGAGCGAGAGAAAGUAGGAAGAAUCAGGCAACAGGAUCCAGAGCGAGAGUCUCUCAGUUCAACUUUGCCAGAGUGCCUGAAAGGAAGGAUCAGUUCGUGGGGUAUUGGGUCCGGUGUACAGAGUCGAAAGUCGUAGUCGCGCUACAAAUCCUUUACUAUCCACCAUGCUCGAAUACGGCAUAGUACCGGAAUCCCUCUACGAAUCUGUGAUCGACCACCUGCGGGUGAACUUCCCCGACGAGCCCCUCAAUGCCUCGGUGGGACUGUGCGUCCACGGCAAGCCGUGUCCUCUAUUGGAAGCGCACGACCUCAAGACAAUGCAGGACGGGAUGUCCGUGAUGGCCAUGGACAAGAAGAGCGGAAAGAUUGCCGGUGUAGCAUUGAAUGGAAUAUCUAAAAGAGGAGAAUGCGAAAAAGCUGUAGAAGAAAUCAGAUCCGUGGACAACGUGCAAUAUCGAAGAAUAUUCGGCCUACUGAACGAUGUGAACCUCGAACUGGACCUCUUCUCCAAAUACGACGUGGAUAGGAUCUUCGAGAUCAGAAUUCUGUCAGUUGACGCAGGAUUUAGGGGCAAAGGAAUUGCCAAGGAACUGUUCGCUCAGAGUGAGACAGUGGCCAAACAGAAUGGAUUCAAAAUCAUGAAAACUGAUGCUACCAGUUUAUUCACGCAAAAAGUUGCAGAAAGUCAAGGCUUCCACGUGGAAAAAUCUAUAAAUUACCACGACUACAAGGACGAAAAUGGCCGUAGGAUCUACGACACCCAACCGCCUCAUUUACAUUACAAAGUCAUGGCCAAACUGAUCUAAAGUGAUAAUUCCAAGCCUCUGCAAGAAGAAACAUGGACGAAUGGAUUUUGUUUGUAUUCUUUUCUGACAAUAAUCGUUCAGACAGAGGGUCGAUGUUGUUACUUGAUUAGUCAGUGGCGUAUCAAAGCUAUUAAAACGAAUUAAUUUAAAAAUAUUGACUCACAACACCAUAGUAGUUGAUUCACAGUUACCCAUCUUAUCUUGGUUGCGUCACCAUGUAUAAAUAAUUUAUCGAAAGUUCCUAUAAGUUAAGUAACGCCACUGACAAACUAGAAAAAUGUUAAUACUGCCACUGCCAUGCAGAAUUACACAUUUAAUAAAUAAAUCUAAAUAUCUUCAAAAAAUAAGUUCAAUUAUAAUGAAUUUAUUAUUGAUUUGUUACAAAAAAAGACAAAUAUUAACUUAAUAUUUAUUGUUAUAUAGGGUGGUUCUUUAACUUGAAAUACAUUUAGUAAAUCAAAGAUAUUUUUUUUUAUCCUAAAUAUGUUCGGAUACGUUGCUAUUUCAAAUGUAAGAAAAUGUUAUACGUGUCCCAAAUAACUAAAAUAAUAAAAAUAAAAUUGCAAAUAUUCGUUUUUCCGGAAACCUUAAGUAGUAUUGUAUUCUGAAUUUUUAAACUUUUAAGUUGGUAUUUUGACACAGCAAGGGUGACAUUAAAAUUCUCGUCGACAUGUCCGAGCAUAUUUUGAAAAAAACGUAUAUUUUAUUUACGGAAUUUAUUCUGAGUUACAGAAUCACCCUGUAUGUGUACUAAUAAGAAAAAUUAUAAAACUAUUGAGAUAUUUUUGGAAUAUCUAAUCUGUUUUUCGACUAUAGUUACUAAAAAGUUACUAUACUAAAAAGGACCAUUUAUUGGGUAGGCCUCAUAAUAUAUCAAUACCAAAUUCUUUAAACCUAGUUUAAAAAAAAUAUUUAAAUACAUAUAUAAAAAGGACUAUUUUGCACAUAGUCUUUUUUCAAAUAUAUUCUUUGUUAUAUGCCAAUGCGGUUGCAACUUAAUUGAAUUUUUAUGUACCUAUAAAGAACGAUAUUGAUGAUAUGGGGCUUACACUUUUAGUGUUAUUAUUGGAGGAAAAUAAACUCCCUUUUAUUGUAGAAAUAAAUGUUAUUCUAGUUUUUAGAGGCAAUCUUUUUAGGGUAUACAUUUUUAUAUCAGAACUUUAUAAUAAAUACUU